AUGGAGAUGGCCUCCACUGCAAAUUUUGCGCACAGGCUCCAUGUUUUGUUGUCAGUUGGCAUCUCUGUGUUGUUCAUUGCCCAAAAUGUACCAAUCUGCAACGCAAUGAUGAAAAUGUGCAACGGCAAUACUAAUACAAGCGCCCAAUUCCGUAGUAAUUUGAACAUGGUUCUUAAUAAUCUUGUAGAUAAUACCUCAUCGUCAAAUGGUUUCAUUAUCUCUACUUCCGGCGAAGGUGCAGACAGAGCAUCUGGACUGCUCCAAUGUCUGGGAGACGUAAACAUGCAAGAAUGCUUCAACUGUUCACGAGAAGCAAACAGCACUGUCCGCAACUCCUGUAAAGAUGCCAUAGGCGCUAGGGUUUGGCUGGACAACUGCUACAUACGCUAUGAGAACUAUGCCUUCGGCGGACAUCUAAGUACCGACGGACAGGUUGAUCCCGGUACAGCCAAGGCCUUAGGUGAUCCUGAUUUGUUUAGUGCGGCAGUUAAGGCGCUUUUCAAAAAUCUGUCAGAUGAAGCCCUUCGUUCCUCUGAUCGAUUUUCUUCUGGACAAACAAAUGCCUCUAUGACUUACCGAACACUCGGUUUCGUCCAGUGCUGGAGAGAUAUGACUAAUGUUAGCGACUGCAGAUCAUGUUUAUCAAAUGCAAUUCAGAAUUUGCUGGAUGCGACUGAGAAUGGAACUCGUCUUGGAGCUGUCGCCGGCUUGGGAAGUUGCAUGGCACGUUAUAGCUCAAUCUUACUGCCUCCUCCACCAAGUAAUAUGCCUAUGGAUUUUCUUUCUGAAAAUUCCUCAAAGAAAUUAAAGAUGAUUUUGGGUAUUCUCGGCGGCUUGGUGGUGAUAGUACUGUUAUUUCUAUUUUCAAUUAGAAGAAAAUUGAAAUCUGUAAUAUUAGGGAAGCUAGGCAUUUUAAAGAAAGACACGGAUGCAGAUUCAGUGAUCAGCAAGGAGCAUGAAAUAGUGUUUACCUUGGACAAUAUUAGGGUUGCCACAAGAAAUUUCCAUGAUGAUAAUAAACUUGGAGAGGGAGGGUUUGGCUCAGUAUACAAGGGUACUAUGCCAGAUGGAAAAGAAGUAGCAGUAAAAAAGCUUUCCUUAAAAUCAUCGCAAGGAAAAGUGGAGUUUUUAAAUGAGGUUAAGCUGGUGGCCAAAAUUCAACAUCGUAAUCUUGUGAGUCUGCUUGGAUGUUGCAUAGAGGGUUUUGAACGCUUGCUUGUAUACGAGUUCCUGGUUAACAAGAGCCUUGACAAAAUACUAUUUGAACUUGAUUGGAAUAAGCGUUUGAACAUCAUAUGUGGAAUAGCUCGUGGGCUUCUGUACUUGCAUGAAGAUUCUCGGCUGCGGAUCAUUCAUCGAGACAUCAAAGCAAGCAAUAUUUUACUCGAUGAGAAAUUCUUACCAAAAAUAUCAGAUUUUGGCUUAGCAAGACUGAUUCAUCAAGAUGAAGCCUACGUUAAUACAAGGGUAGCAGGAACAUAUGGUUAUAUGGCACCAGAGUACGCUAUGUUAGGCCAAUUAUCUGUUAAAGCUGAUGUCUAUAGCUUUGGCGUUGUCAUUUUAGAGAUUAUUUGUGGGAGAAAGAACACUGAUAUUACAUUAUUCCCUGAAUUUCAAAGCCUAUUAGAUUGGGUAUGGAGAUGUUAUCUACAAGGAAAUAUUGUGGAUAUAAUUGACAAAGCAAUAAUUGGGAGCUUUACAAUUGAACAAGUUUCAAGAUACAUUCAUAUUGGUCUUUUAUGUACACAAGCAGAAGCAUCACUUCGUCCAUCAAUGCUUAAUGCAUAUGCAACGCUUUCAAACCUUUCUAUUACCAACCUACCAAAUGUCACGAGACCUGCUUAUCUAAGUGUUAAACAUGAAGAUAUUGUUGUGCAUACACAUGCAUCAACAUCUACAAUUGAAAGUACAAAUUCUAUUGUUAUGCCAUUCUUAUAUAAUCCAUCUAUGACCCCUUCAGUCUCCCCAUCUAUCAAUGAUGUAACAAUAACAGAUUCGGGUUCUAGGUGA